AUAAGUGGUGGGCGUGUCCUCUGGACUACAAAGACACACACACGAUACCCUGACCACGUUAGUUGACUAUCUGCAAGUGGAUAGAGCACAUUGGAGCGCUGUGUUUCCUUUGCUUGAUACAAAGUCCGAGCUGUUACCAGGAAAGAGUCAAGAUGAUGGACGUCGGGAGCGGCGUGGACGGGGGUCAGUCCGCCCAGUACCCGGCAGGCUACGGUCCCAUGUCGUCACUGCAGGACUUCUACUCCAACUCUCAGCACUGCUCGUACUCCAACCCCGGUCGCUUCGGGCAGGGGGGAAUGUACCGCGCCCACCCCCACUUCCCAACGCCCCUCCACUCCUGGCUGGGCUCGGACAAGAUGGCCGCUGCCGCCGUCGCCCCCACCGCCUACAACACACCCGCCGCCUCCUGGCACACACCCUUCGCUAAGACCUACCAGCCCACACCCACGCCAGCCCACCAGACCCACCAGGCAGCCCAGGGGUACGCCGCCUACGGGUACCCCCCAACUCCGCCUGACGACACCCCAACAGCCGCCGCACAGCAAGGGCCUCCCCCACCACAGCCACAGCCCCAGGAGCACCCCAUGAGCGCGAGUCCCAUGCCACAGCUGUCACAGGAGCAACAGCAGCAGCAACAACAACAGGCGCAGUCAGAACAACAGCCUGCAGCGCGCAUGACCCCAGACCGCGUGACAGCCUCGCCCGGCGGCAGCAUCGCGGGGGUUAACGAGAUCAAGGGCGACUCAUCCUACACGCCAGUCUUCAGCUCCUCAUUCCCCUCCAAGCCCUCGCUCUCCCUCUCGCCCGCCCACUCCACAGCCCACCCCUCAGGCUACACGGGCUACCCCACUCAUUCCUCCAUGGACUUCGCGCACACCGGCUACUCGGGCUUCUACCCCUCGUCGGGCAUGUCCUCCAUGUUCAGCAAGCCCUUCCACAGCGUGCCGUCCACACCCAUCUCCCCGUCGCAGGAGAAGUCCAAGAACACAAAGAGAUCCAGCACAGAGGGCCGUGAGUGCGUCAACUGCGGCGCCACGUCGACGCCGCUGUGGCGACGCGACGGCAACGGCCACUACCUGUGCAACGCCUGCGGCCUCUACUACAAGAUGAACGGACAGAACCGGCCCCUCAUCAAGCCCAAGCAGCGCACGUCCGCCAAUCGUCGUGAAGGCACAUCUUGCGUCAACUGCAAGACUCAAACGACGACUCUGUGGCGACGAAACCAGAACGGGGAGUCAGUGUGCAACGCCUGCGGCCUCUACUACAAGCUGCACAACGUUGCUCGCCCGCUGUCCAUGAAGAAGGAAGGCAUCCAGACCCGCAACCGCAAGCUGAGCUCCAAGUCCAAGAAGAAGAAGGGAAUGCUCGGCUUCCCGGACAUGCUGAAGCCCCUGGACAAGGGCGGCUUUGGCGGCUUCGGAACCGGCGGCUCCGGGUUCGGCUCCAUGUCCCACUACAUGUAUGGCGGCCAGAUGCACGGUUCCUCCAUGGCGGGCGGCUUCAUGUCGGCGCCGCCCAUGCACGGCAUGUCGGCCAUGUCUGGCGGCCUGGGCAGCCUUGGUCUGUCCUCGGCAGCCGCCGCCUCCGCCGCCUCCCUGGGCCUCAGUUCGGGUUUCUGCACCGUGGCUGCGUAAGGAUACGCCCCUGAGCCUCCCCCGAGGGGCUGCCCGAGGUGGGCAGCUCCAGGGCACAACGUCCGAAUAUAGUGUACAAACUGGAGAGAUAUGCAGCGGUAGGAAGGGCGGAGCGGUAGGCGGGCGCAGGAUGGCCGCUGCAAGACUAGUAUAGUGUAUAUAGUGUAACAUAGACCAAAUAGAGAAUAUUUAAAGCAUUUCAUUUUUCUUGUCUUAAGUGUAAGUUGAACAAUAUUGCAUAUUGUAAUAUCGCAUCGCUGAUGUACCUAUGUGAAGAAAAUAAAAUGAAAACUUGA